AAGUCGAACAGCAGUAGCGUUAAGGCAGUCCGAGAGAAUGGCUCGCGGCGCAGUACGCUGGAGCGUCCUGCUGGGCCUCGCGCUGGCCCUAAUCGCGCCCUACACCGCUGCCCUGUCCAAAAACGAUUUAUAUCAAUACGCGGCACCGGGUUCCUUGGUCCUCGAAAGCGACCCGAACCGGAUGCUGAUAUCCGCGGAGGCAAUCCUCAAAACUCCUAUCGUUUUCUACGAUAAAAUCUACAACUCCAUAUUCGUAAAUGGAAAUGGCGUUCUUUCAUUUGCGAGGGCAAUGCAAAGAUUCUUCAACAUCGCGUUCCCUCUUGACGAUCCAGUAAUCGCGCCUCUCUACACACAUGUCGACACAAGAGGUUCGGGAACGGUUUAUUUUAGCGAAACCGAUUCUCCCGAGAUUCUCGCUAGAGCCGGAGGAUUGGUUCGAAGCACUUUCAAGAACGCCGUCGACUUUGUACCUACGCAUGUGUUUUUGACUACCUGGGUGGAUGUUGGUUAUUACAACGAGCGUAACGAUAAGGUGAAUACUUAUCAAGUCGCUAUAUCAUCCAACGGUUCGCAUUCCUUUGUUGAACUGCUAUACCCGGAAAAUGGUAUACAGUGGAUUCAGGGUGAAUCGCAUCCCAGCGGGCUCCCGGAUGCCAAGGCGCAGGCAGGAUUCAUGAGCGAGGGCAAAAUGUAUACCCUGAGGGGCUCGGGCACCGACCAAAUUCAGAAUGUCGACAAGUGGUCGAAUGUAAAUAGGCCUGGUCAGUGGCUGUUUCGAGUCGGUCCCAUCGACGAAGGCGAAAAUAUAAAGGUUCCCGACAAUAUCGAAGACACUAUGACUAUGCAUCAAGCGGCCAGCUGCAGGACCGGCGCCACUACUUGUCAUAGCAAAGCGACCUGCAUCGAUUACGAGAUCGGAUUCUGCUGCAGCUGCAAGCAGGGCUAUUUCGGCAACGGAAAAUCCUGCCAGCCAAACGACGUGCCUCUUCGUGUUAUUGGCCGAAUAUCUGGUACGCUCAACGGCGUGGAAUUUCCGUCAAGAGAUCUUCAAUGUUACGUACAAACCAAAGAUGGACGAACAUAUACUGCUUUGUCGAGAGUACCUCAAGAAAUCGGAGCUAGUUUUCAACUUCUAGGCAAUUUGGGCGGCGUGAUCGGUUGGCUAUUCGCGAAACCGGUUAGUGAUACUGAAAACGGAUACGAACUUACAGGUGGUUUAUUUAAUCACACGGCGGAGCUAGUCUUCCCAUCAACCGGCGACAAAGUGACGAUACGCAGCAAUUAUCUCGGAUUGGACGUCUUCGGUCAACUAAAGAUGGAAGCGGACAUCGAAGGUACGGUGCCGCAUCUCGAAAGGGACACCAAAGUGGACUAUGGUGAUUACGACGAGCUCUACACUCGCGCCCAACCGGGGUUAAUCCGUGCUCAAAGCGAGCGUACUUGCAAACUACUACACGGUAGCGGAGACGAGCGAGAAAUCGCCUUCACGUUGGAUCAAAUAAUUAGCUAUCAGGAAUGUCCGUACGGUAUCUUCGAUCCCGAAGAUGACACGACCAGAUUAAAGUUUUUCAGAGGCAUCACUACUUACGAGGCCACCGAGGGUAUCAUACGAUUUGCCGUCAACACCAAGGUAACGCCUCUUGAGGAAGAGGAUCCGUGUAUUCAAGGACGACAGACUUGCGGUGAUCACAGCUCCUGCGUGGUCGAUGGGGAUAGUUUCAAAUGUAUAUGCAAUGCAGGGUAUCAGUAUCUAUACGAGGAGGAUGGCAGUGCGAUUUGCGUAGACGUGAACGAAUGCACGGCCGGUAAUCACAUGUGUUCUCUGGACGCUCAAUGCGUUAAUCAAGAAGGCAGCUAUACGUGUCAAUGCAGAACUGGUUUUACUGGAGAUGGUCGAGUUUGUGAAAGUUUGCCAUCUUGCGAGGAUAUUCGCUGCGGGGAUUAUGAACAAUGUGGAAUGAUCAGAGGUGCACCUACAUGUGUCUGUAUACCUGGUUUCGAAGAAACAGAUCAAGGCUGUUAUCCCGCUCAGCAUGUAUCCUGUAACGAGGAGGAUAACUGUUCGUCUUACGGGCUUUGCAGUUUUGACGGAAAUAGGAAGAAGCACGUUUGCGUGUGUAUGCCAGGUUACGUCGGUGAUGGAUACACGUGUUAUUCCGAGUCCGAUAUCACCACCACAACAGACGAACCGCCGCAACCGCAAUGUCUGAUGCAAGUGUGUUGGUGUCCAAGCGGCUGGAAAUUCCGCAACCAUGCCUGCGUAAGGCAAGAGGGAGAAUCCACGACAGUUGACUAUCGAGACUUAUCUUGCAACGUGGUGAACAGGUGUCAUCCCUACGCGCAAUGCAUCUACGUGACGAACACCGGCGACUACGAGUGCCGCUGCAAUCCGGGAUACGAGGGCGAUGGUAUGGAAUGCACCAAGACAGAGAUAUCCUGCUUGGAAGUGGACAUCUGCGACCCCAAUGCGUCUUGUCAGCACGAGGAACCGCUAGCAAAGUGCGUGUGCAAUCCAGGAUAUGAAGGCGAUGGAACAACAUGCAGUCCUAUCGAUGAGUGCAACAACAAUUCCGAGUGCGAAGAGAAUGAACGAUGCACCUACCAUCCCGUCAGCUCGCGCUACGAAUGUACCUGCAACCCCGGAUUUAGCUUAGUGGACGACCGAUGCGUGCUAUCAGAUUGCUCGACGAAUCCUUCUCAAUGCCACGUCAACGCGCAGUGCGUGUCGUCCGGCGACGGUGGCUAUAAAUGCGUCUGCAUAAGCGGCUAUCACGGCGACGGUAUGCGCCAAUGCGUGGAGGAUCAUAUCGGCUGUAACGUUUUGAAUAACUGCGGCCGAAACGCAGUUUGCGGAUACAAUCAAACAUCCGCGAAUUUCGCCUGCAUUUGUCAACCGGGUUACUACGGUGACGGUUUCACGUGCCUUCCACACACUUCGUGCAGACGCGACCCUAGCCUCUGCUCUCCGGACGCAGCAUGCGUGUCGGCCGGUGAAAAUCAAUUUGCUUGCGUUUGCAACGAGGAUUAUAUCGGCGAUGGCGUAAACUGUAAGCGCCGGCCGAGGCACGACUCCAACUUUUUACUGGUAAACCAAGGAAUGGCCACGCAUCGGAUACCAUUCGUGCCUACGCAACAGAAUCCAGGAAAUCCUAUCUACAUAGUUUACACGCAAAUGGCGAUCGCCCUAGAUAUCGAUUGCCUCGACGGCAAAGCUUACUCCAGUGAUAUUACUGGUAACAGAAUAGUCGAACUAUCUUACAACGGAUCAAUGGCACAAACAUUUAUUCCGAAAGUUAGCAGUCCCGAGGGAUUGUCGGUCGAUUGGGUCUCAAGAAACAUCUUCUGGACCGAUUCAGGCAAGACGACCGUCGAGGUUGCCAGUCUUGUAACAAAGAAACGCAAAGUCCUCGUUUCCGAUGGACUGGUCAAUCCAAGGGGAAUAGCUGUUCAUCCAUAUCGGGGGAAAAUAUUUUGGUCUGAUUGGAAUCGCGCCUCUCCAAAAUUGGAGUGGGCUAAUGAAGAUGGUACAGACCGAGCAAUCUUCCUUCAGGGUGAUUACGUUAAGCUGCCAAAUUCAUUAAGUAUUGAUUGGUCGACAGAUGAGCUCUGUUGGGCCGAUGCUGGGACGUUUACGAUAAGUUGUAUCGAAAUAGAUAGCAAGAAGGUCAACAUCGUCGCGAAUGAACUUACUUAUCCGUUCGGCUUGGCAAUAUCUCAAAAUUAUUACUAUUGGACUGACUGGAAAACAAACAAGAUCGAAGUCGGCAUGAAAACUAAUGGCGAAAAACGCACACCGUUAUCUGUUCCGCCAGGUGGAAGCGGAAAACUAUAUGGCAUUGUGGUCGUUCCUGAGUCAUGCCCCAGAAUAACCAACGUAUGCCAAUACGAUAAUGGAAGGUGUAACAAGGAUCAGCUAUGUCUACCGGACGGCCAGGGCGGCAGGACGUGUGCGUGCGCAGACGAUGCGAAAGAAUCUUGCACCGACUCCCGUUAUCCGUCUUAAAUCCGUCCUCAAUCUCUUACAGAAAAGAAGUAACGCAAAAUCUUGUCUCGCGCUCGAUAUUAGCCGAUAAGAAAGUCUCGCGCACUGUCGCUCAACAUCGAACUAUGAUCAUAAGUAACCACUAGAUCAAGUGUAAAUUGUGACAUUAAUCUUAAUAUUGAUUAGUCUUAUCGACAUCCUCAAAUAACAUUUACUUUUGUAUCUAUCAGUCGCGAUGCACGAACUGUACUGCGAUUUGAUCUUAUUUAAUAAAAGUGAAGGAAGCGAGCGAUGCUUUACAACGUAAUAU